AUGGCAGUGGGCAGGCGGGGCCUGGACGAGGAUUGGCUGCUGGUGGAGCUGCAGGGUCACGUGGUGCCUCGCGGUGGAGGAGGCCUGCAGUCGGCUACCCUGGGAGACCUCCACUACACACGUGACGGUAUCCCGGUUCUCAUCAUUGGUCAUCACAUCCUCUACGGCAAAGUGGUGAGCCUGGAUAAGCCCUUAGCUGUAUUGGUGAAGCAACAGCAUCAGCAGCAUCAGCAGCAUCAGCAGCAGCAGCAUCAGCAGGAAGAGAUGGAUGCACAUCCUGAGCUGAACUCAACGGACGUGACGCCGUCGGUUCGCACCCAAUACCUCGUCCAGGCGCUCGUUCACACCAAGCUGCUGUUCAAGACCAGGCCCAAGCCAAUCAUCACCAACGUUCCCCGCAAGGUGUAAAUCUCCGGUACCGCUGUGUGGCGUUCGCUGAUUCGCCAGCGCCCGGUGACAGGGUGGAGAUUCUGUGGGGGGGGGGGGGGGUUGGGGGAUCGCACGUGGAUGGGAGUGUGCACUUACCGCCAUCUGCUCUGUCCGUGUGUGGGGGAUAGAGCGUUGCUCCCUCGCGCGAGGCGUUGGGUGUUCAUCUCCUCGUCCCCACGUGAAUAAUAAACACGACUCGUGAGCA